AUGUAUCAUCCAACUAGAGGCGGAGUUCGUGGUGGCCGCGAUCAAUUUAGCUGGGAUGAUGUCAAAGUUGAUAAACAUAGAGAGAACUAUUUAGGUCACAGUAUCAAGGCACCUGUUGGAAGAUGGCAGAAAGGAAAAGACCUUCAUUGGUAUACUCGUGACAAAAAAUCUGACUUGGAUUCGGAAGCCAUGAAAGAAGAGAUUAGAAGAAUCAAGGAGGAAGAGGAGCAGGCAAUGAGGGAGGCUUUGGGUUUAGCUCCAAAGCGUGCCUCUAAGUCUCAAGGUAAUCGGCUUGAUAAACAUGAAUUUGCUGAACUUGUGAAGCGCGGUUCUACUGCAGAAGACGUAGGAGCUGGCCAUGCUGAAGCAGCUCAGGUUCACGGUCUUGGUUUUGCAAGAGGAGGGCCUCGUCCUUUGGAAGAUUCAAAUUUGCCUUCAGGUCUGAAAACCAACUCAGUAGAAAAGCCGAAUGCAGACAUGCCGACAAAAUCGACAAAGAAUGUUAAAGAAGAUUCAGAAGAUGAAAGUAGCAGAAAGAGGAAAAGAAGGCAUGAUGAGAAGAAACGUGACAAGCGUGAAAAGGAAAGGCGGCGCUAUGAUGAUUCGGAUGACAAUAAGAGGCGACACAAGAAAGACAGGGAAAGGCGUGGGCACGAUUCAAAUUGA